CUGGGAGAUCAUAUUUAUAACCCACAUAACACUCAGAAGGAGUAAAUUAUAAAUACUAUUUCAUCCAACGAUCUCGAAUUACUCCAAUCAUUCAAGCGUUAAUUGUCCCGCACUCAAAAACGAAGACAGAAGAAUCAACACUGGCGGUGAUCUGAGUCAUUGGAUGUUGCUCUCAAUAUGACCAAUCGGACGCGCUCCCGCAAUACUUCAACACUAUCAUCGAUGACAUAUCUCUCGCACUCAUCAUCAUCUCUUAAAUACCCCAUCACAACACAAUCUACACACCAACACUUACUCUAAAAACACAAACAUGGCCCGUCUCCUUCUCCCACCCACUCACAACCACACCUCCCCAUCCACUCGCUGGAAAGCCGUCGUGUACCGCGACGCCUCCAACAACAGCUUUGUCUAUGCCGUCCGCUCCACCCGCAUCUACUGCCGGCCUAACUGCCCCGCGCGUCUUGCGCGACGCGCCAACGUCGAAUUCUACGAUUCCCCCGCUGCAGCCCUGGCAGCUGGAUACCGUGCGUGUAAGCGGUGCAAACCGGGACAGACCACACUUGCAGAAGCAGGAGCAGCGGGCGGGAACGCGAGUGAGGGGAUGGUAGCGAAAGCGAAGGAGAGGAUCGCAUCGGCACUGCGGGCAGGGCAGCAGAGGCCGACGCUGGGGAUGUUGGCGAAGGAGGCUGGCUUGACGCCGAGUUAUUUUCAUAGAGUGUUUAAGAAGGUUGUUGGCCUGACGCCGGGCCAGUUUGCGGAUGGGAUUAGGAAGGGGGUUAGGGAUGGGGUUGUGGAUUGCGAGAUUAGUGAAGGUUCAGCUGCGCUUUGUCAGGAGGUGGAGGCUGCUGAUAUGUGGUUUGGUUUUGAUGAUUUGAUCAAUUGGGAUGAGCUGGAGAAUAUAGGGAUGGAAAGUUCGUUAUGAUUACUGGACAAAAACUUACGAUUGAAAGGAUAUUUGUAUAUUUUUUACGUAUAUAAUCACGCAUUCUAUUUUAUUCGAAAGAUGUACAUCGCGUUAACUUCAGUGGGUAUAGACACAUGCGCCAAAUCAAACACCGAUAAAGAAGGAAGCUUUUAAUCAUAGGUCAGCUUUAUAACAAUUGUACCAGUUCCAAAUCCCG